GUCUGUCCAUCUGCAGGCGUGCCGAUGCUGUCCGUCCAGCCCAAAGGGAAGCAGAAGGGCUGUGCAGGUUGCAACCGCAAGAUUAAGGACCGCUACCUGCUGAAGGCGCUAGACAAGUACUGGCACGAGGACUGCCUCAAGUGUGCCUGCUGUGACUGCCGCCUUGGCGAAGUGGGCUCCACCCUCUACACCAAGGCAAACCUCAUCCUGUGUCGCCGUGACUACCUAAGGCUCUUCGGCACCACAGGAAACUGUGCCGCCUGCAGCAAGCUGAUCCCAGCCUUCGAGAUGGUGAUGCGGGCCCGGGACAAUGUGUAUCAUCUCGACUGCUUUGCCUGCCAGCUUUGCAACCAGAGAUUUUGCGUGGGAGACAAAUUCUUCCUGAAGAACAACAUGAUCUUGUGUCAGAUGGACUAUGAGGAGGGACAGCUCAAUGGCACCUUUGACUCCCAGGUUCAGUAA